UUUCAUCCUCUCGAACACGGCCAUUGUAGCCAUUGUGUAACCAUUUCUAUUUGGGGCGGUCUUCUGAUUUGUUGUCGCAUUGAUAGGUAACUGGGAAAAACAAACAUCCCGUUUUAUAAUCUCACCGUCCACCCUCCGUUGGAGUUGUUUUGCUCUACAGACAGACGGGUAAACAUGGACGUCGGAUUUCGGCACCCCGUUCUCUUUUGCCUAACCCUGGCGGUUUUGGGCUCGGUUCUGGCUGAUUUGGAUGGCCCUUUGAUGGGGGCACCCGGGUCUGCCGUCCGUGUGUCGGAAAAUGACCCAGGUUUGAAGAAGGCACUGAAAUUUGCAGAAGAGCGCUAUAACAAGGGGUCCAAUGCGAUGCACGUUCGCAGAGUUAGCAAGAUCCUCUCUGCCAGUAAACAGCUGGUGAAGGGUAUCCGAUACAGCAUCAUGGUGGAGCUAAGUAACACCCAGUGUAAGAAGGCUGCCAGACUGAGGACCUGUGACUUCUACCCCGAGGAACACAACCUGAAGACGGAGGUGUGUGUGUUUGAGGUCUGGGACAUUCCCUGGGAGAGCAAGUCCACCCUGCUCAAACAGAAGUGCCAGCCAGCAGUUGAUCCCAAACCAGUUGAGACCAACAAAGUUGAAUUUCUGCCCCUCUCCACCAAACCAGUUGAGGAGUCAGUGGAUUCCGUGGAGCUUCUGGGUCAGUUCAAAGAGUUCAUGGUCAGAUACAAUAGGACUUACAGCAGCCAAGAGGAGGCUGACCGGCGGCUGCGUAUUUUCCAUGAGAACAUGAAGACCGCUGAGAAGCUCCAGUCUCUGGACAAGGGCACAGCUGAGUACGGGGUCACCAAGUUCAGCGACCUCACAGAGGAGGAGUUUAGGACUCUGUACCUGAACCCCCUGCUGAGCCAGCAGAACCUCCAGCAGUCCAUGAAGCCUGCAGCCAUGCCCCGCGGCCCUGCCCCGCCUAGCUGGGACUGGAGAGAGCAUGGAGCUGUCAGCCCCGUCAAGAACCAGGGCAUGUGUGGUUCUUGCUGGGCAUUCUCAGUGACAGGCAACAUUGAGGGCCAGUGGUUCGCGAAAACUGGCAAACUAGUGUCUCUCUCUGAGCAAGAGUUGGUGGACUGUGAUACUGUGGACCAGGCCUGUGGGGGCGGGCUUCCAUCAAACGCAUAUGAAGCUAUCGAGAAGCUGGGUGGUCUGGAGACAGAGACUGACUACAGCUACACCGGCAAGAAGCAGAGCUGUGACUUCACCGCCAACAAAGUCACCGCCUACAUCAACAGCUCUGUGGAGCUGUCCAAGGACGAGAACGAAAUCGCUGCUUGGCUGGCUGAGAAUGGACCAGUAUCUGUGGCCCUGAACGCCUUCGCAAUGCAGUUCUACAGGAAGGGCGUUUCCCACCCUCUGAAGAUAUUUUGCAACCCCUGGAUGAUUGACCAUGCAGUGCUGCUCGUGGGCUACGGAGAACGUCAAGGCAAACCUUUCUGGGCCAUCAAGAACAGCUGGGGAGAGGACUAUGGAGAACAGGGUUACUACUACCUGUACAGAGGAUCCAGGCUCUGUGGGAUCAACAAGAUGUGCUCGUCUGCCAUUGUGAACUAGGCGAUAUGACAAACACACACACACACACACAUAUAUAUAUAUAUAUAUAUAUAUAUAUAUACACGACCUGAAUAAUAUUUGAUGCCAACCUUUUCCUGACACAGAAAAACAAACCCAACACCCUCCCCAAAACACACACACACACACUACCUACAAAC